GGUAGCUCUUUGUAAGUGAGGACUGGAGCAGGUCAAGUUUGGCUAAAACAGAGGCUGGAAAACAGGUUUAUGACUUGAUUAUGUCAACUGCACUAUGGAAUAAUAUUGCAAAUUGUAUCAGGACUGCACAACCGCUUCUUGUUGCCUUGAGAGUAGUCGAUGCUGAUGAACAACCAGCAAUGCCAGAACUUGUUGUUGCUAUGGAACAUGCCAAGAAAACUAUCAAAGAUUCUUUUGAAAACAAUGCAUCACUUUGCAAAUUUGUUAUUGACAUCAUUGAGAAACGCUGGGAUACGCAGAUGGGGGUUCAAAUACAUGCUGCUGGUUUGUUUGUUAAAUCCUGGAAAGUUCUUUGACAUACAAGAGAAAGACUAUCGUAGUGCUUGCAAACUCCGGGAAGAUUUCAAUGAUGUUUUGGAGAAGAUGGUGCCUGAUAUUGAGACUAGGAAUUUGCUAAGUAACCAAAGUGAUAACUACGAGCAUACGAGAGAGAACUUUGCAAGACAAAUGGCAAUUGAUCAAAGAAAAACGAAGAGUCCUCUUGACUGGUGGAGUGCUUUUGGGGGUCCCGCACCUGACCUAGCAAUGAUAGCGAAACGGAUUGUUGGCCUUUGCUGCUCUUCAUUAGGCUGUGAGCGAAAUUGGAGCACCUUUGAGUUUAUUCACACUAAAAGAAGAAAUCGCUUGGAACAUAAGAGGCUGAAUGAUCUCGUGUAUAUCCAGUACAAUGAAAAGAUUGCAGAGCGAUUCCAAAAGCGCCGUGAGCUUGGAGAUAAGUUCGAUCCAAUUGCGCUCGAAGACUUUAACUGGAGUGGUGAAUGGGUAAAUAAUGCAGAUGGUGAUUCUGUUCAUCCUGGAGAAGAUCUGCUAUGGGAACAUGUUGUUAUAGCUGCUGGUCCGGCAAGUGCAGUGCGUAAUCUUCGUAAUAGAAAUCGUGAUAAAGGUGGCGAAACUAAUACAAACACCAGGGAGAUUUUAACAUAUAAUCGACAUCGUAAUGGUGCAGGUUCUUCUCGUGCGCACACUUCACGUACUUUUCACUUGCACGAUUUUGAAAGUGAAGAAGAAGUCCAGGACAAUGACAUAUUGUCAAAUGAAAAUGAUGACGAAGAUAUUGAUGAUGAUUACGGGGAAAUACCGAGUGCAACUCAAAGUCGACCCGGAAAUGAAGAACAACCUUUUCUUGAUGAUUUUAUCAUCUAGUUUAUCAUAGUUUUCUUGUAGAAAUUACUAGAUUUGUAUGUUUUAGACCUGUUCCUCUUAACUUUAUAUAAUAUUUACUUUUGGUAUUUAAUUAUAGUUAAUCUAUGCUAUUUUAUUAUAACAUAUAAAUAUAUGUAUAUAAAAAAUAUAAUCAAUAUAUUAUUAAACGUAUAAUCCGUCUAAUUACCGCCUAGGCGCUCGCCUAACCGCCUAGGCAGUUAGGCGGUGGACUAUCGUCUAGCCUCGCCUUUACGCCUUAACAAGUAUGAUGUAGACUGUUUUAUGAGGUAACUCUUAACGACCAUACGCCACAUCUUACAUAGAAAAUAUUUUAGCUGUUAUAUCCUUGAACGUACAAAGUCUAGUUCAACAUACAUAAAAUAUAUCAAGAUAGAAUCAUCAUCAUCAAAUAUGCAAUGUAUUUUUUACUAAGAAUAUAGGAGUAUUAAAGAUUA